GAAUUUUCAAAGAUCAUAUGUUUUGAAAUUUGAGGGAUUCUACAAAUUUGUAGUGGAAUGUUUUUGUAUGUAGAAAUCCAUCAAAAUCCAUAAACAUGCAUUCAAAAUAAGUAACAAUAGAAAUUCAUAAAAUGUUUGAGAAAAUCAUUAUUUUCAUGAAUUUCACAUAAAUCCAAACCGGGGAUACUGAAUUCUGACGGAAUUCUAAAUUCCAUUAAAAUCAUCCGGAGUUCAUAUUGGGGACACCCCUUAGACAAUAAAAAUGCUUCAUGUACACAACUAAUACACGUUUUGUAUACAAUUUGUAUAGUUUUUUUUUAACAUUUUCAUUUUACCAUUCAAUUCCCCCUCUUUCCCCUUCACCUAUUUCUCUCCCUACAACCUUUACCCUCCCCUUCCAUGACAACUCCUCCCCCUCUUAUACUAUUCUUCAAUUUUGGAAAAUCUCACAAACCCUACCUCUCUCUCCUCGUAAAUAUCACCUUUCAUCUCUUGUUUUUUCUGUUGUUGUUGUGGAAGACGAGAUGAUGGUGUCGACAAAGUCAGAUUCAGUCUUUCGUUUCCAUUGUCACCAUGAUAUUCAUUUCCUCUUCAUCUUUCUUCAAUCAAAGGGUUACUCUCCGGCUACUCAUCGAGUUGCAGACUUUUUCUCCGGUUACUCGUCGGGCUUCUUCCAGUAAGGGUUGUACCUAUUUCUGCAAUUUUUUAUUGUGUUUUUGUAGACAUGUCUUUACACAAUUACACGAUAUUUGGGUGAAAGUUGUUUGCCCCUACAUAUUGUGGUUGUUUAAAAGUGUUGUAGCUCUGCCGUUAAUGGAAUUUGAUAAAUUCAAGUUAAC